AUGUUGAUCAAACAGCUUUUUUACCCUGUCUUGUUUUUCCUUGUUCAAGGAUUGAACGCAAUCACAAUCUCUCUGGACCGAGUCACAAGAGGGACAAUCAACCUUUCAAUCGGUGAUAUCACUAUCAACUCAGGCGCUUAUUGGUCAAUCAUAGACAAUGCUGUUUCCGCAUUUGUUGGUGAUUUGACCGUUCAAAGUGAUGCUGGCUUUUAUAUUUCAUCUACAAACCCAUUACUUGGUUUGCAAGUCACCUUGUUGGGUGUCUUGAACUCAAUCUCUAACGACGGUAUUAUUGCUUUCAACUCUUUAAAGACUUUGAUUGCUCCAAACUACAACUUGAUUGGUUUAUCUUUCCACAACACUGGUGAAAUUUAUUUUGCAGCUGACGGAACCAACCCUCCAGUAUUUGGCCUUACUGCAGCUAAUUGGGACAAUUCUGGAUUGAUUGUUUUCUAUCAGAACCACAGAUCGGAGGCAUUGAUUAAUUUGGGAACCCCAUUGUUGUCCAUCACUAAUGACGGAUCAGUCUGUCUUUACAGCAGUGUCUAUCAACAACUCACUAAAAUCGACGGUAGUGGAUGUUUUGUUGCAAACCAAGACUCGACAAUCUACAUUGCCAGUUCUGCUUUAUCGAUCUCGCUGUCUCAACUGUUCUACCUCCAAGAUUCGCAAAGUUCUAUUGUGGUCCAACCAUUGUCCUUACCUGCUACCUACAAUGUGUAUGGAUUUGGUGGAGGAAACAAGAUUGGUAUUAGUAUUCCGCUUUUAUCGGUUCCUUUCCUUGGGCAACCGGCCGUCUCAUACGACAGCGGCUCGGGAAUUUUGACUUUGAGAGGUCUCGGUGUUGGUCUUUUAUCACAAAAAUUCAACAUUGGUAAAGGUUACGAUUCAACCAAGUUUGAGGUGGUUACGGAUACUGGCGCUGGCUUACCAACUACUAUCUUGGGAUCAGUUAGAUACAAUGGUCCAGUUGUGAAUAGCAAUGUACCAAGUGCAUGCAUUUGUAAACCACCACCACCAGCCCCAGGUACAGAUGAAAGUUCAACCACGGAAGCUCCUACUUCAACUGAACCAACUGGACCUACUGAACCAACUGGUCCAACCGAACCAACAGGUUCUUCAGAAUCCACUGAACCAACUGGACCUACUGAACCAACUGGUCCAACCGAACCAACAGGUUCUUCAGAAUCCACUGAACCAACUGGACCUACUGGACCAACUGGACCAACAGGACCAACUGGCUCUUCAGAACCAACUGGGCCAACUGGCUCUUCAGAAUCCACUGAACCAACUGGCCCAACCGAACCAACUGGACCAACUGGCCCAACAGGACCAACUGGCUCUUCAGAAUCCACUGAACCAACUGGACCAACCGAACCAACUGGACCAACAGAACCAACAGGACCAACUGGCUCUUCAGAAUCCACUGAACCAACUGGCCCAACCGGACCAACUGGACCAACUGGCCCAACUGAACCAACAGGACCAACUGGCUCUUCAGAAUCCACUGAACCAACUGGACCAACCGAACCAACAGGACCAACCAGCUCUUCGGAAUCCACUGAACCAACUGGCCCAACCGAACCAACUGGACCAACAGAACCAACAGGACCAACUGGCUCUUCAGAAUCCACUGAACCAACUGGACCAACCGAACCAACAGGACCAACUGGCUCUUCCGAAUCCACUGAACCAACUGGCUCUUCAGAACCAACUGGACCAACUGGCUCUUCAGAAUCCACUGAACCAACUGGCCCAACCGAACCAACUGGACCAACUGGCCCAACUGAACCAACUGGACCAACUGGCUCUUCAGAAUCCACUGAACCAACUGGCUCUUCAGAAUCCACUGAACCAACAGGACCAACUGGCUCUUCAGAAUCCACUGAACCAACUGGCCCAACUGAACCAACAGGACCAACUGGCUCUUCGGAAUCCACUGAAUUAACUGGCUCUUCAGAAUCCACUGAACCAACAGGACCAACUGAACCAACUGGACCAACCGAAUCUACUGGCGGCAAUGGUGGUCAAACAUCAACUGGCGGUAACGGUGGUGAGACAUCAACUGGUGCAACUGGAUCAUCUGAACCAACCGGUCCAACCGAAUCUACUGGCGGUAAUGGUGGUGAGACAUCUACUGGUGCAACUGGAUCAUCUGAACCAACCGGUCCAACCGAAUCUACUGGCGGUAAUGGUGGUGAGACAUCUACUGGUGCAACUGGAUCAUCUGAACCAACCGGUCCAACCGAAUCUACUGGCGGUAAUGGUGGUGAGACAUCAACUGGCGGUAACGGUGGUGAAACAUCUACUGGCGGUAAUGGUGGUCAAACAUCAACUGGAGGUAACGGUGGUGAAACAUCUACUGGCGGUAAUGGUGGUCAAACAUCAACUGGAGGUAACGGUGGUGAGACAUCAACUGGCGGUAAUGGUGGUGAGACAUCUACUGGUGCAACUGGAUCAUCUGAACCAACCGGUCCAACCGAAUCUACUGGCGGUAAUGGUGGUCAAACAUCUACUGGCGGUAACGGUGGUGAGACAUCAACUGGCGGUAACGGUGGUCAAACAUCAACUGGCGGUAACGGUGGUGAAACAUCAACUGGCGGUAACGGUGGUGAAACAUCAACUGGUGCAACUGGAUCAUCUGAGCCAACCGGUCCAACCGAAUCUACUGGAGGUAAUGGCGGUAACGGUACACCAACUGGAGGUAAUGGCGGUAACGGUACACCAACUGGCGGUAAUGGCGGUAACGGUACACCAACUGGAGGUAAUGGUGGAGAACCUAACCCAACUGGAGGUAAUGGUGGUAACGGUACACCAACUGGCGGUAAUGGUGGAGAACCUAACCCAACUGGAGGUAAUGGUGGUAACGGUACACCAACUGGCGGUAAUGGUGGAGAACCUAACCCAACUGGAGGUAAUGGUGGUAACGGUACACCAACUGGCGAACCUAACCCAACUGGAGGUAAUGGUGGUAACGGUACACCAACUGGCGGUAAUGGUGGAGAACCCAACCCAACUGGAGGUAAUGGCGGUAACGGUACCCCAACUGGCGGUAAUGGCGGUAACGGUACCCCAACUGGCGGUAAUGGCGGUAACGGUACACCAACUGGCGGUAAUGGUGGAGAACCUAACCCAACUGGAGGCUCAGGUACAGGAUCAGGAUCUGGUUCAGGCUCAGGUUCAGGCUCAGGCUCAGGCUCAGGAUCAGGCUCAGGAUCUGGUGAAGGUUCGGGAUCAGGAUCUGGUGAAGGUUCAGGCUCAGGCUCGGGAUCUGGUUCAGGCUCUGGUUCUGGUGAAGGUUCAGGAUCAGGCUCAGGAUCAGGCUCAGGAUCUGGUGAAGGUUCGGGAUCAGGAUCUGGUGAAGGUUCAGGCUCAGGAUCAGGCUCAGGAUCUGGUGAAGGUUCAGGCUCAGGCUCGGGAUCUGGUUCAGGCUCUGGAUCUGGUGAAGGUUCAGGAUCAGGCUCAGGAUCAGGCUCAGGAUCAGGCUCAGGAUCUGGUGAAGGUUCGGGAUCAGGAUCUGGUGAAGGUUCAGGAUCAGGUUCAGGAUCUGGUGAAGGUUCGGGAUCUGGUUCAGGAUCAGGAUCAGGAUCAGGAUCAGGCUCAGGCUCUGGUUCAGGAUCAGGUUCAGGAUCUGGUUCAGGCUCAGGCUCAGGAUCUGUUGCUACACUCACAACAAGUACAGCCUCCUCUACCAAUACAGCCUCUGUUACACCUGCCGAGAAUAGCGCCACAUCAUCUAAAACCAACUCACUUUUUGCAAUUUUUAUUGGUGUUAUUAGUGUUGUUGCCCUUAUCUAA